AUGGCCAUGAGUUCGUAUUUGAUCAACUCCAACUAUGUGGACCCCAAGUUUCCACCGUGUGAGGAGUACUCUCAGAGCGACUAUCUGCCCAGUCACUCCCCGGACUAUUACAGCUCGCAGCGGCAGGACAGCGCGUUCCAAGCGGACUCCAUCUACCACCACCCACACCCCCACCUCCACCACGCAGCAGCGGCCACGACCACCACCACGCUUCACCCACAGCGCGCGGACACGUCGCCUUUUACGCAGUGCCAACGCGUGCAGACGUCCACCCAGCCCGGCUCCGUGCUCAUGUCCCCGCGAGGGCACGUCCUCCCCGCGAUAGCCGACGCUUCCAUAGCCGCUGCCGCCACCGCAUCGGAGCAACGCUGCGAGUCGGUGACACCCAGCCCGCCUCCCUUACCUCCUCCACCCCCCGGACAGAGCGCCUCGUCCCCGUCGGGAGCGCGCAAAGACCCGGUGGUUUAUCCCUGGAUGAAGAAAGUGCACGUGAACAUAGUGAGUACCAACUACACCGGAGGAGAACCGAAGCGCUCCCGGACCGCAUACACCCGCCAGCAGGUCCUGGAGCUGGAGAAGGAGUUCCACUACAACCGCUACCUGACGCGGAGACGCCGAGUGGAGAUCGCGCACACGCUCUGCCUCUCCGAGAGACAGAUCAAAAUAUGGUUCCAAAACAGACGCAUGAAGUGGAAGAAGGACCACAAAUUGCCCAACACCAAAGUGCGGUCCGGGAGCAGCGGGACUCCCACCUCUCAGCCCCACACCGGCGCUCCGAGCCGGGGGAGUGCCGCGCUAUAG